AGUAUACCGAGAGCAGCAGCAGCAGCGGCGGAGAGUAGAUACAACGCUCGACGGCCGCGUUUGCAAACAAAACUCGCGCGCGCACACAAGCAUACGAUAUACAUUAUACGAUUAUACCGUAUAAAGUAGUGUCGCGCUGGCUCUUCACCACCUCACAAGUGCAGUGACACAUCCGCAGUGUACUACAGGACCACCUCGAGGAGGAAGCUACCUGCGGAAUACAACGUCGAGUGUUACAUGCUUAGCUGCGCGAGUGAACGCAGAAUCUAGAACAGACGGAAAGUACAUAGGGGUAUAAGAUCGCUCGCUCGCUCGCUCGCGCGAGAGAGGCAAGGAUAGCAUAGCGAGGCGGGAGAGCGAGAGAGGACGAUUUAAUUGAGGUCCCCCCGAGGCAAGCAGCGGCGUGGGAGAGAAGAAAAUGUUCCCACGAUCCGGCAGCGCGACCUGCGCCGCGGCCUCGUACGUGUGACUACGAGCAGGAGGAGGAGGAGGAGGAGGAGGCGAAGGAGAGAUAGAGAAACGGUGAAGGAGAAGAAAAGAAGAGAGAGAGAGAGAGAAGAGAGAAGAUCUCUGCGGUUUUGGGCGCGAGAAAAUCCGUUGAGAGACAGCGCAAAGAUGAACGUGUGCAGCCAGGGACAACCGCCACCGCCACCGCCGCCGCCGCCGCUGCAGGACAGCCGUGGACACGCGGUCGUCGUCUGGGAAUGGGAGAACAGACAGGGCAGAUGGAGACCCUACAGUCCUGCUGUCUCCCAGCAUCUCGAGAGAGCUCACUGCAAGAAGCUCACCAGGGUCUUCCUCAACGAUGCCGAUCCCAGCCUCGACAGGUAUUACAUCAAUCUCAAAACAAAAACUCAAUGUACGGAGGAUGGUGAUGAAACUCAUGGAGUCAGGCGAAUGUUUUACCUCCCUGGAUCACCAGCAGGCAAAGGUGCUAAAUGGGAGUGGGCAGGAGAUACAGAUGAUUGGCACACUUAUGACAUGGAAGUGCAAUGCUUGAUUGAGGAAGCUUGGGCAAGGGGUGACAAGACCAUAGAUGUUUCCAAAACUUAUUUAGGUUUUCCAUACAUCAUAAAUUUUUGCAAUUUGACACAAGUUCGCUGUUGUACUGGCUAUGUCAGGCCUAUCAGGAGAAUUCAGCAAGCACCUUAUCCAUUGGUCAAAGUUACAUUAGAUGAACUGCAAAUAAACCCAGGAAGAAGAACUACCUCUACAGUUGCCAAAACUGCCAGCACAAAGACAAUGCAUAAGAAACCACCAAGUAACAAUCCAAAGAAAAAUAGUAAAAAGAAUAAGAACGGCGAAAAUGGUUCAUCGAAUAUUGCUCGCGUCAUUUUGAGCAAUUUUAAUAUAUUCAGUAAUAAGCAUGCCAUAGAUCAUCAUAAUAACGCUGACACUAAUACAAUCCAAGCCUCGCAAAAAAGAAGAACAUGGGAUACUGUUUUGGAUGCCGACUCAAGCAGUACAAAAAGCGGAAGAAGGCCUAGUGUUGAUACAGUUUCUACAUACUUGAGUCACGAGAAUCCAAUAGAUUUGCUAGAUAGCAGUAUGGGAAGUGAUGACGCUUUCAAGGAUGCUGUAGUGGGUGUGGACGUAGCUUCGGACGUAAUAUCGCAUUACGUGAAAGUAGUCGAAAGCGACGGUACAGAUUCUUGCCCUGUAUGUCUAGGAACUCCAGAGCCUUUAACGGUUGAAUUGACACGAUGCAGACACAGAUUGCAUUUAGCUUGUCUAAAUGCAAUGCUGAGUUCGCAACGUCAUCCCAUGUAUAUACAGUGUCCAGUGUGUCGUAUGAUUUAUGGAGAAAAACGAGGCAAUCAACCGCCCGGCUCGAUGAAUUGGACAAGAUUGCCCAGGUCUUUGCCCGGUUUUCCAAACACAAAAACGAUUCAAAUAACUUAUGACAUUCCAUCGGGAAUCCAGGGACCCGAGCACCCUCAUCCUGGUCAGACUUAUUAUGCAGUAGGCUUUCCACGAGUCUGUUACUUGCCUGACAAUAACUUCGGUCGGCGAGUUCUGAGACUGCUUCAAAUUGCCUUUGAACGAAGACUGAUUUUCACGAUUGGACGAUCAGUGACGACGGGUCGCGAGGACGUCGUCACCUGGAACGGGAUACACCACAAGACCGAACUCGGACCGUCUACCUCUGGUCAUGGUUAUCCCGACGUUAUGUAUCUAGAGCGUACGCUUGCAGAAUUAGCCGCGCAGGGUGUGUCGGACGGUUAUUCUGUGUCACCUACUCCGCUCUAUCAGGAAUUGCAUUAGCGUGCCUGAUUAGACUAUUUCAUUGAAUCCGAACAUUUGAAUUCGCUAGUAAAAGAAAUUGUAUGAAUGAGUCUUUAGCAUGAAAUACCUCCGGGCAUUAAAAUAUUUUUGAAAUCGGUUAUACUUUUUCAAAAGUAGUUUUUGUCUUGCAAGAGAAUGCGCAAGCCAAAGGCUUACGAGUAUUUAUUUACUUCUGUCCUCGAUUGUUAUUUUAGAUUUUGUUCUUUUAUGUUAACUUCGACUUGUAAUGGAAGUUCGAGCGCAAAUUCGAAGCCUUAUUCAAGUGUUUAAAUAAUUAUAUAACUUACGGAAAUCGUAUCUAGUCACUGAUUUAAUUUCAGGUUUAUAGAUAAUAUUCAAAACUAUCUUAAUAACGCUAAUUUUUUCAUUAAAAUUCUUAACGUUAAAAGUAACAGCAAUGAUUGGCACUAGUGGAGAAGUAAGUCUUUAGAACUCUGUAUAAUAUCAAGUGUUAUAUCAUGAGAUUACCCUUUAAAGUUAUAAACUGUAUACAAUAUAAUUUAGUGUAAUUACGCUUCGCUCGAAUUUCCUUACACGUUAUGAAAUACCAUUGGCUUUAAAAUGAAUAGUUUUUUUAAUUAUUUCUUCUUUAAUUUAUAUACAAUCGACAUCAAUUCUAUAGAUCUACUAAAUCGUAGUAUCAGUCGAUUAAAGAUAAAGUAAUUAUUUAGAAAAGAAGAAAUAAUAAGCAAACAUUUGUCUUUGAGACAGAAGCUUGAAAAUUGAUAAAUUAUCAAUUCGGAGUUUACAAAAUACUGAAAUUUGAACGACUUCCGCAUUUUUGCUUUAUUAUUGAAUGUAUCCACACGAUUCAAUAACUAAUUUAGGUUAAAAGUUCGGAAAUGUCAAUUAAAUUUAUUGUUUUCAAUGAAAUUUCCUAAUGACAUAUGCCUUUACAUUUUACCUCAAGUUUGUUUCCAUAAACAGACGUUGAGUCAUACGACUAACUACUAACUAUAGGUAUUUCUUUGGGAAUUUUAUCGACUGAUAAGAUUUCUUGGUGGAAAAAUUUCGUUGGAACUUUUUCUUAUCCUGCGUUAGUUGUAUAAUUAUUGAUCAUUGAUCAAAUUAUCCUCUGCAAGUCAAAUACAUUUAAGUAUAUUAGGCAAGUCGAAAGUCAAUGUCUCAAAGAGUUGUUCCACCAAGAUUUAGAAACUAACAAAGUAAAAACUGCAGUAACUAGUAUAUAGUUCCGUAAUAAAGAUUAUUUAUAGAUUAAUAUUAUAUUGUAGGACGGUAACAAUUAUUCCGGGCGUAGCAAGGAACUGAUAGAUUCUAUAAGUCACUGAAGACUCCAAGAGUUCGACUGUACUGACUUUGCCAAGAGAGUAUUUUUUAGGCAUUUAAUUACUGUAAAAUUUAUUCGUAGCAAGUCACAAGCAUAUGUAGGGUAUUUGUUACAAAGUCGUGCAGAUCAUCUCAAUGCGGUAAUUUUUUAAUUCACAAAAUAA